CAAGAGCAGACAGCAGCUGCAUAAAACUACAAACGGUCUGCCGCGUUUUAUCUUUUUAUAUCUCUUUCGGCUUCCUUCGGAAGGAAGCAAAGGAGCGAGAAGAAGCGGGAGCUCCCCUCCGUCAUUGAUUGUAAAAUCGUCUUCCAGAACCCUAGUUUGAAAACAUCUGCAAUGGAGAGAUCUAGUUCAUGCAGUUUAGGGAAUGACGAUGAGGGAAGAGCCUUGGAGAUAUUACUUGAUGCCUUUGGUGCUGUAUUCUCUCUAAAAGACAUAGCUGCAGCUUACUGCAAGGCAAAAAGCGAUGCAAAUAAAGCUGCUGAGAUUCUGGUUAAUUUGCAAGGAGAUAGUUCUGAUACUUUCGUACAUCCACUCAAUAAUGGUUUGAGAGAUACAACAUCAUCAGUUUCAUCAUCAGAUGAUAUUUCUGAGAAGUUGACUUGUGCAUAUAAGGAUUCCAAGACAUCAAAGCCAAGAAGAUAUUCUGCUUCAAUGGGUACUGUUUCAAGUGUCAUUGGUAAAGAAUAUAUUAGGCCCACACAAGUGCAGAGUGAAUCUUGCAAAGCCACCAAACCGCUGAAAUUGGAUUCCAAGGAUUUGCCAGAAUCUGAACUUUGGCAAGAAGAUGGUAGCUCUUCAACAAAUGAAACAAUGCAUAAGGACAUGGAAGAGUUUCUGUUUAGAAUACUUGGAGAUGGAUUUCAGCUUCGUAGGGAUGUUAUUCAAGAAGUUCUUGGUCUUUGUGGAUAUGACAUGGAAAAGAGCAUGGAGAAAUUACUUGAUAUGUCAACAUCAACUUUGGAGAAGAAUGAUGACAUUAUUGGUGUGUCGGCUGUAAGGUUGAAGGAUAAUUGUUCAAAACCAGAAUUUCUCUCCCAUGAAGAAAAAUUGAAGACUGCGGAUUUUGCACAAAUUGACAGAGCUAAAAUUUCAAAUGCAAAUGGAGUGGAACCACAUUAUAGAGACAAACAAAGAUAUGAUCUUCAGAAGGAAGUGCUAACAGCAUUGUUUACUGUUCCUGAAAGACCUGAAGAAGUAUCAAGAAGAGCCCGCCCACCAAGAGCAGUGAGGGGCAUGAGAGGAACUAGAAGAACUGUGGUAGUUGAACCUCCAAGUGACGCACCUGGAGAACAUUCAACUAGAAUUGUAGAAUUGCAACAAAACACUGUUGAAGAUAACACCACCAUAGAUGAGGAGGAUAGCUACGAAGUCCUUCGUAGAGCUGUUAAGGAGUAUUGGGUUAUGAUGAAGGAAUAUUAUAGAGCUGCUGCUGAUGCAUUUGUAAAGGGAGAUCAUGCUCAGUCUAAUGCUCUUCUAGAGCGGGGACAAUUUUACUACAGCAAGGCCAGAGAAGCAGAUGAAAAGUCUUCUCAAAAGAUACUUGAAUCCAGACCUGAGGAGACUCGAUCAGAUUUGUCGAUUGAUUUGCAUGAGCAUGAUGCCAAGGAAGCAAUACGGCUUCUCAAGCUUUUCAAUACCUUAAGGUUAUUGUGGAAACCAAUGCUGAAGAUACCACAAAAGGGGCUCGAAAACGUUUGGUUAUUAAGCUUUUAGAGAAAGAAUCAAUUAGCUGGACAGAAGAAGCAAAUGGUGGUAUAAUAGUUAUUCAAUUGGACAAAAUCAACCCCAAAAAGUUGAGUUUUGCAAGAAAAUCUCAUUGAGUGGUGAGAAACUUCACAUGAUGGGUUGAAGAGUUCUGGAGUUUCACCUUUUUCUGUUUCUUGUUUCUCACUUCUAAACUUGUGGCUUUUUUCCCUAGAAAAUAUUCUGAAGGAAGCUGGGGUGGUAGAUAGUGGACCCAGGUCAAAAGAGUUUUUCUUCAAAGGCGCUUAUUUAUUUAUUUUUCUGAGUUUGAAACUACAAACCAUGAUACAUGGAAUCAACAGAUAAGAGGAGUGGUUUUCUGAGUAGUGGAAGAUUUGCUCGACUAUUUGGAGCCAUUUUUCUAUACCUCCAUUUUUCAUUUUUCUUUUUGUUCAAGUUGCUCUGUUAUCGAGUUGAGAAUGGGAGCUUGUCAUACACAAAAACUCUUUUUUUUUUGGUAUGGUACGUGAUUUUUUUUUUUUUGAUAGUAUGAUAUGUGACUUGAUUGUCUUUAAUGGAGAUGCCCUGCAGUAUAAGGAACUCCUUUUGCUUGAUA